AUGAACAUUCAAGAGUAUUUUGCAAGAAUUUCUUACAACGAGUCUCAUAAGGAUGCAGACUUACAAACCUUAAUAGUCAUCUUCCAGCAUCACAUCCGGGCAAUUCCUUUUGAAAACCUUAGCAUGCAUUGCAGUGAGACCAUCGAACUGGAUUUACCAUCUAUUUAUAAUAAAAUUGUGAGAAAGAAACGUGGUGGAUGGUGCCUGGAAAGCAACCACCUUUUAUUUUGGGCCUUGCAAGAAUUAGGGUAUGAUGUCUAUAUUCUUGGAGGAAAUAGUUAUGACCCAGCAGAUUCUGGGAAAGAUCAACCCCAGAUGCCCGGUAUCUUCCGCUUCACGGAAGACAAUGGCACCUGGUACUUCGAGAAAGUCAAAAGGAAGCAUUAUGUUCCCGAGCAAAGUGUCCCUUUCGCUGAUACUCCAGAACUGGGGAAUAUCAGAAAAAUAUAUGCAUUCACACUCGAGCCACGACAUAUAAAUGACUUUCAGGAGCUAAACACAUACCUGCAAGUGUCUCCAGAUAACAUACUUCACAAGAAGUCAAUCUGCAGUCUCCAGACCACUGAAGGACUUUAUGCCUUAGUUGGAUGGACCUUCUCCGAGGUAAAGUAUAACCACAUGGAGGACAUGGACCUGCUGCAGAUAACAACUCUUACAGAUGAAGAGGUUGAGAAGACACUGAAAGACAAAUUCAGUAUAGUAUUGGAGAACAAACUCGUACCUGUAAACGUUCGUGGCUUGCCACCUAAUUUAGUGGAUACGAUCUAA